GCUGAGGCAAACCUCUAUUUCACCUUGACAAUCAUGCUAUAUUUUCCAACUAUAAGGGUGUCCAGAAGUUGUUUUUUUCCCCUUCUCACACCCAGUGUAGUUGGAGGAUCUUGUGAAACAGCUUCUCGUGGUUUCCUAUCGCUUUAUUGAACUGAUGAGUAGGCCUACCAAAGAAACAUCUCACAGCUACAUAGUUCUCAUCGGGCGUGUGUAUGAAUGACUUGACGAGAAGCUCUGAAUACGGCGUGACAAGAACAACCUGUUGACCGGAGCCAAAAUGCUGCCUAGUACAUUCCUUACUGGACCUUUGCGUAUCAUCUUGGUGGGGAUCCUUGGUAUAGGAGGAUUUCUGACGCUGUUUGUAAUGUACUAUCAAUCAGCUCCAUCUCAGAUCUGCCCUCCCCAGCCUGCUUUGCCACAUCAUUACUCAAACCCACCUGAGAACAGCUCCUUGUCUAAGAAGCAGCCAGAGCCAGACAAGCCCAUCAUGCUGUUGUGGUUCUGGCCUGAAAACCGCAGGUUUGAUUUUAGCGAUUGCACCACUUUCUUCAACAUUGAUGGCUGCCAACUGACAGAUGACCGGUCUCUGUACAACAAGGCAGACGGGGUGCUCAUCUUUCACAAAUCCAUCAAACAUGAUUUAUCCAACUUGCCUCCAUCACCUCGACCACCAUUCCAGAAGUGGAUCUGGUAUCAUGUGGAAUCACCUACAAACACAAUUAGAAUACCUGGUCUAGAGAACCUUUUCAACUUGACCUUGAGUUAUAGGGAAGAUGCAGACAUCCCUGUACGUUGGCGCUUAACUGCAAGGAAAGGUCAGGGUGGGGACUUUGUGCUACCCAAGAAGGAUAAAUUAGUUUGCUGGAUUGUGAGUAACAAUAACCCUGCAACUGGAACAGCCGUAAGGGAUAACUAUUACAGAGAACUUGUCAAACAUAUUAAGGUGGAUGUCUAUGGAAAAGCCUUUGCAAGAUUCUUGAGAUAUGAGGACUACUACUCAACACUCUCCAGCUGUAAGUUCUACCUCUCCUUUGAGAACUCAGUCCACAGAGACUACAUCACUGAGAAGCUUAAUGGACCACUUGCAGCAGGAACAGUGCCAGUAGUAUUGGGCCCACCGAGACAGAACUAUGAGGACUUUGUCCCGGGAGAUUCCUUCAUCCAUGUUAAUGAUUUUCCCAAUGCAAAAGCCCUGGCUGAAUUCCUCCUGAAGUUGGACAAGGAUGAUGAGGCAUAUCUGCGCUACUUUCAGUGGCGUAGAAACUUAUUUGCUCAGCAACAUCUAAUUCAACUGAGUCAAGAGUUCAUCCAAUCUAUUUGUUAUGCCUGUGACCAUGUAGGAAAACAUAAGGAGUACAGGGUUGUGCACAAUAUUUACAAAUGGUAUUUUGGUUAAACAGACUUACACCCUCUUCUGUGUACAGUGGGGCAAAAAAGUAUUGUCAGCCACCAAUUGUGCAAGUUCUCCCACUUAAAAAGAUUAGGCCUGUAAUUUUCAUCA